GGGAGGAGCAUUGGAGAGUGUCUCAAACGUUGCCCUGAAUUUACGGUAACCGAGUUGAUAUUGUCACGUUGGCCAUUAUCGCUUUAUGUUCUCUUACCUGGAUUUUCCCCGAAUGUUUAGAAGUGGACAUUGUUAAAGAUUGAAGACAGAAAAGCCGCAGCAACCACUCAGUAGAAGGAAGGCAAUUGGACAGUUUGCGCUCAGAAAAGUCAGAUGAAUGGCUGAAGAUUCCCCUAUGAUUGAGGUAUCGAUUCCGUCGCUGGAGCGAGAGGUAGACGAGUCGGGGAAAUUGAGAAAGCUCUUCAGAGUUGAGAUAUUGUUCAAUGGAAGGAAACACUUUGUGCUCAGAAGACACAGUGAAUUCCAGACCCUGCACAGAAAGCUGAAGAAGAUUCUGCAUCCCCCAGACUUCCCCAGCAAGAGGAGCACCCAUCUGAGAACCAAGCCUCUUGAGCAGAGGAGACAGCAGCUGGAGGACUACAUUCAGGAUAUAAUUUACCAGUAUGAAGAAGUCCCUCAGGUGCUGCUGGACUUCCUGCAUGUGAAACAUUUCCACUCUGGGAACAAAAUAAGCAGCCUUGAAUCAUUUGAUGAUAGUGACCCUCAGGGAUAUGGCUGUCAGCUGCAGCAUCAGCGUGUGGUGGGAUUCUGUCGUGACCCCUAUCUCCUGGAGUCCCCCUCAGAUCUGCCGGACAUCGUCACGGAUGGGGUCCUGCAGGGCUUGUACCCCCGAGACAUCCGUGUCAGCUUCACAGCCUGCACAAAACCCAGCCUCCCAGAGAGACCCAGUCUGGCACCAGCGAUUCCCUCUAUAUAGUGGCAGCCCAUGCAGAAGUCCUGACCCUAGGAUCUGUGGAUUAUGAAAUGGCCUUGAUAGUAAUUUGGAUGAAUGUCUUGUCUGAAUCAGCAACCAAUGGAGGCCCAUUUGCUUGUAUACUACCAUACAAUAGAAAAUGUUUGUUACUCUGGGUGCUUGACUAGUCACAGGCCAAUUGAAGAUGUCUAGAAAGCAAUGUCAUAAGUUGGUGGUUCCUGCUUAUGAACAAAACGCAAUUGUUUGUAUGUAGUUGAGGAGUCCACCAUUAACUGACUAUCGGUCACCUGCCAGCUCAAUGUCCAUACGUUUCAGCUAUCCACAUGCAACAAUUUGAUUCCGCACUAAUAGGGUGGCAGGUAGCCUAGUGGUUAGCAUGUCGGGCCAGUAAGUGAACGGUUGCUGGUUUGAAUCCGAGCUGACUGAAAUGCUUUGCCCUUGAGCAAGGCACUAAACCCUAGUUUUCCCCAGGGGUGCUCUACUAUGGCUGACCCUGUAAAACAUCACUGCACCUAUCCAGUGUGGCAACAAACCUUUUGUUUAUGCAUGAAAGCAAUAGUCUGCCUGGAAUGAGUUUCACAAUCCCUGGUAUUUCAUAUGUAACUGUUUUUACAUGUUAAGCUUUAUAUUAAAAUACAUGACCCAUG